UACGCAUGAGCCUUCAGCCUGUAUGGGCGGACCGGCCGGUCAGCUGAUGACUAAAAUGCUCCACACAAUCUCUGUCCUCAAUACAUGGAUUUCGUCACACGGAUGAUUUUCUAGCCAAUUACGCACAAUGUGGAAGAUUUCACACAACCGCAGCAGGAGGAGGACUCGCUACUUGUUGAGAUUUCGCUCAGGAAUGGCUCCUCUGCGCGCACCUGGAGCCGCCGGACACAUGCAGGGGCGACGCGUUUCUGCCGCUUUUCCCUCUGGUUUAUGAUACCGAAACCUGCCAUCUAACUCCUGUGAUGGGGAGACGCACAUGGAGCUGCGCUGCCGUGAUCCUGCUGGCCGUCAUCUGCUCGUGUCGUGCCGCCACUCUGGAGUCCGUCCACUGGAGCAGCUCCAACGCAAAAUUUGCUUCAGGUCGAGGUCUUGUCCUGUAUCCUCAGAUUGGAGACAAGAUGGACAUCGUGUGUCCUCGCGCUGACGCUUCCCCUGGGGGAAAGGAGGAGUUCUACAGAGUCUACCUGGUCUCCAAAAGUCAGCUUGCGAGCUGCACCAUCGACAAGACCGACACGCCCCUGCUGAACUGUGACAAGCCACACCGGGACGUCAAGUUCACGUUCAAGUUUCAAGAGUUCAGCCCCAACCUAUGGGGUUUGGAGUUCCUCAAGGGGAAGGACUAUUACAUCACCUCCACCUCUACGGGCUCUCUGCAAGGUCUGGAUAAUAAUAACGGAGGGGUGUGCAGGACCAAAUCCAUGAAGCUGGUGCUGAGAGUCGGCCAGAACUCUUCAGAUCCACCUUCAACACUUCAGGAGUCCCCCACCAGAUUCCCACCCACACGACCGAAGUCCAAGGCCAAGGACGCCUCCACGAAAGAAAAGGAUAUAAAAAGCACAGCCGAUGCAGGACAAACAAACCCCAGCUCUGACCCAGGACUGUUGGUGUGGAUCGUCUCUGGUUGUGUGGUCCUCGUUCUGGUCAUCGCGGUCGUGCUGGUCGUGCUGUGGAGGUACCAUCGGCGCCGCUGCAUCCCGGAUACUCAGCAGUCUGCCUCGGUGUCCCUCAACACUCUGGCUGUGCCGAAGCGGGACAGCAUCAGCAGCGACAACGCCGGCUCAGACCGCAGCGAUGUCGUCUUUCCUCUGCGGGCUUCUGACAGCAUGAUCUGCCGCCACUAUGAGCGCGUGAGCGGCGACUAUGGGCCUCCUGUGUACAUAGUUCAGGAGAUAAUGCCCCAGAGCCCCACCAACAUCUACUACAAAGUCUAACAUUUACUGCUCUGUUGACAGACAAUAUGGUGGUGAUCAUUAAAUUUCAGCCACUUUGGACACGCUCAGUCUCCAACACAAUACUCCCAUGGAUGAGAUAUGAAGAAAUGUGUGGAGCAAAUCUGAGAACUGUGCCGCGCUGAUCAUCUACAGUCAUGGAAAAAAAUAUUCGACCACCCUUGUUUUCUUGUUCAUUUUAAUGCCUGGUAGCACUAAAGGUACAUUUAUUUGGACAAAUUUAAUGAUGGCAACAAAAAUAGCUCAUAAAAAUUUAACUGAUAUUUAGAAAUUUUCUAUGGUUUUCUUGAUAAUCAAAAUCACUUUAGUUCUUCCAUCAAUGGCAUUGUGCUGCCAAAAACAGCUUUUAGGCAUUCCGUGUUUUCUUUUCUGUCUGUUUUAGUCACAUGAUGCACACAGGAGUUAGUACUUGAUUGCAUAACCAUUGUUUCUGAUGACUGCAGCCAUGCCUCUUGGCAUGCUCUCCACCAGCUUCUGAUCACAGCAGCCCAUUCCUGUUGCACAAAUUCAAACCAAUUAGCUAUGUUUUGGGCUUGUGGUUCUUCAUUUAGCAUUUGAUGAUUUUGCACAGGUUUUCAACUGGAUUUAGGUCUGGUGAUUGAGAAAGUCAAGGCAUUGUUCCAACGUUCUGGUUCUCUGUCCAGGGUUUAACUGACCUUGCUAUGCGGCAAGGGACAGGUAAGGCAGGAAAGAGUUUUCCAGCUGAUGAAAGAAGACUGUUUUCAAGGAUAGCCCUGCACAAACCUGGUUCAUUUGUCCUUCACACAAUUGCAUUUGCCCUGUUCCACUCAUACUGAAACAACCCCAGAUGGUCACUGAUUCACCCUCAUGUUUUACUGUAGGGGCAGACAGUCUGGUUUGUAGGUUUCUCCAGGCUUCCUCCUAACCAAUUAGUUGACUGGAGUGGGCAUCAACUGAAAAUUGGAUUCAUCACUGAAGAGAACCAGCAAAGAGUAACUGGACUUUCUUCUGCCUUUCGUUGAUGAAGGACUUCUGGAGUUCUGACAAUGAUUCCUGACAGGAACGGAUGAGUGGACGGACAUCCCGUAGGGUAGAAAAACGUUUCCUGCCGUAAUAUGUUGGGCUUGUUUUUUCUUGGUGUAAUGAACGGCUGUCUUGGAGAUCUUCAGUUUCUUCGCUACUUGUCUCUCAGUCAUGCCAAUGUUCAGCAGUGCCAAGAUGGCUGCCUUUGUGGCUUCACAUAAUUCUUUUGUUUUAGGCAUUAUGUGAGCACUGACAACUUCUGAGUUGUGCUACGGCUUGAAUGUAAGCAGGAAACCACUCUAGGCCUUUGCAUGUGCAGUGCUGCUUAUGACAUGAAAUGUCCUCCUAUAUACCCUGGGAACACAACUGGG